UAAUCUUGGGUGCCUUCUGACCCUGUCAGAUUCCCUGGACUUGAUCACUUUUCCUACGCUCUCUUCUUCUACCCCUUCCGCAGCCGGACUAAGCGACGAACCUCUUCAACCAAGACCUUGAACACAUCUAAACGAUCUGAGUGUGCACAUGUCCAAUUCAGCGUCCCAGUGGGGUUCUCCUACUGCUUCCAGGCGAGCUCUUCUCAUUCAUGGCAUGACUAUGUGCUCGGAUUCCUGGGAGGGCAUCGCUCAGCGGCUGGUAGCAGAAGGUUUCUUCGUUAUAGCGCCGAACCUCCUUGGGCAUGGAGGAAGACGGUGCACCGACUAUCAGAUAUCCGACUUUGCAGAAGACCUCCGACCAUAUUUCGCCUUAGACACGUCCUACGACGUGAUCAUCGGUCAUUCUUUUGGAUGUCUAAUGACCUUGUUACUCUUGCCGUUUUUGCCCAAAACGAAAGAAACCACUGUCAUACUGGUCGAUCCCCCCGUCGACCGUACAGAAGUGCAGGUUGUCGGGUAUCAGAAUUUGUUUUUAGAGUGGACAGCUGAUGUCAAAACUGCGGAAGAGCACAUGGCUGAGAAUCCUGCUUGGUCACGACGUGACUGCGUGUUAAGAACGCUGGGAAUCGCAAUCGUUGAUCCCAACACUGUCGAAGUUUUUCGGCGAAACAAAUCAUGGUCCUUUAGUGGAUUGCUCAAAAACAUACCACCUCACGUCAAGAUCACCGUAUUGGCAUCAGAUCCGAAGUUCGGCACGAAUUUCUUGGAGAACAUCCCUUGUGACGUUGAGAGAUUGAAUGCUAAGGCUCUUAUUGGCAUCAGUCACUGGAUUCAAUACGAGUGUCCGGAUGCUAUUAUGGAUGCAAUUCCCCUACCAAGAACAAAAUUGUGAGCCGUGCAGAGAAGGGAUGGUGUUUUGCAGCGUUAUUUUUGUUUAUGACCAUCGCAUCCAAUCAUGUCCUCGCUAUUUAUUUUCUUCUAGACUGUUUGAGACUAGGCAUGUGGUAUCUUGCUUCAACUAAUAUGCAUACUAGUCCUUGGUUCGAAUUUUCGACCUAUUGCACACGAGCAA